UGAUGGUGUGUCUGUUUCUUCUGGAGCCCUUGAAUCAGUUACAGUUUAUUGAUAUCAAAAAGGGGACUACAAAAGUUCGACGUUAAUGGCAGUCAACGAAUAUGGCUUGGUACAACAAAAUUACCGUGGAAGUGCCUCUGUUGAUAGUGCUGAGCAGCUUUAUGUUGAUGGGGCCCAUAAUGACGAAUCUCAUGAUUUACCGCACUUGUUACGUCACAAUGGGCUAUAACGAAUCAAAAUGUGCCUUAUUAGGACAAGACACCAGUCCGGAAAUUCAAGAAUUGGAAAAAAUAGUUCAACCCACCGCGAACAUUCUCACACUGAUAUUAGACCUACCGCUGAAUAUUUUACCAAUCAUUACUUGCCUAUUCGCUGGGCCCUGGUCUGAUAAAUUUGGACGGAUACCAGUCCAACUGAUGGCUCUGACAGGUUUGACUUUUUCUUUUGCCUUACUGGCAAUAUUAACUUGCAUCAAAAAUCUGUCGCCUUGGUACUUUAUGAUCGCUACCAUCCCCGCUAUGUUGACUGGAAGCGUACCAACAUAUUUUACUGUCGUUUUGUCGUAUCUAAACGAUAUUUCUACGAAAGAAACCAGAGGUUUGAGAAUGGUAAUAUACGAAGCAGUAAUGUUGUGCGGUCUUCUAAUUGGAUCACUGUCAAGUGCUCCACUGUUGUAUGCCACCAAUUACGAAACAGUUUUCUUCAUAGCUACUGGCACACUUGCUAUAGGAACUCUGUACACUAUGUUCUUCCUAGCAGAAUCAGUUCAAGUAAAAAAAACCGAAGAGAAUAAUUUAAAAGAAACAUUUAAAUGUACCUACAUCGCAGACAUGGUCAAGGUGGUUUGCAAAAAGAGAGGAAAAUGGGACAGAGUGAUAAUAAUCAUCAUAAUCCUGUCAAUAACGCUGAUCAAUUUCACCACUAAUGGUAUUGGUAUCGUCAGAUUUCAAUUCUUAAGAAAAAAGCUGACUUGGACGUUGGAGAAAUUCAACUAUUUCAAUUGUUUCUCGCAUAUCGUCACUAUUAUAGGAACCGUUAUGGGAACCAUGCUGUUGAACAAGGUGUUCAAAAUUAAAGAAACUGUCGUGGCCUUGCUGGGAUUGUUCAGUAUCGUUGGAUGUUGCUUAUUAUGGGGUUCAGCUACAAAGGAUGGAUAUAUCUAUUUGGGUAGCUUUGUGGCUAUACUCUCAGGAUCCUCAUCUCCAAUGUUAAGAACCCGCAUAGCUCAAAUAGUGCCUCCAGAAGAUAUGGGCAAGAUAUUUUCUGUGAUUAUAGGAAUUGGUGGUGUAGUCGGUGUAGGCUCCACGUACUUAUUCACGAUGGUAUACAACGCUACUAUCAAUUUUAAUUCUGGUAGUUUCAAUUUUCUGGCAGCGGUUCUCUACACUUUCGCAAUAUUUUUAGUUGGAGCUGUCGUUAUUUUCGAAGUAUGCACGCCAAAAAAUAAAGAAACCUAUGAGGUGGAAGGUAUCGAAAAUGAUAGCACUAAAGAACCUACAUCAAUGCAGUUCAAACAAAUUUCUGAUUUAUUGUAAUUUUGAUAUUUAUUGUUUGUAUAUAGAAAUGUAAAUAAAUAUAUAUUUUUUUAUAUUGUAAA